UUCAGAUGCACCGACACUCAUCAUGGCGAGGCACCUUCGCUUCGUUGCGAGGACAGUGAUGGUCCAGGAUGGCAAUGUCGACGCCGCGUACAAGAAUUUGACAAGGUUUCUCAGCCAGGAUGGGAUCAUUGAUCAUGUGAAGCGGAAGCGCUACUACGAGAAGCCCUGUAUAGCGCGCCAGAGAAAGAACUUCGAGAACUGCAGGCGUAUCUACCACUCAGAAAUGGCCAGAAAAAUAGCCUUCAUCUCCAGAACAGACAGAGAAGAUCCAUGGCUCGGAUGCUAGUGUGAUGGAGUUGUGGAUCAGAAGAGGACUGACUAAAGAUGGGACACCAGAAUGGACAUUUUACAACCUUUAAAUACUGAGUGAUAUGGUUGUGGAAGAAUUUGAUGUGCAAGAAAAUGCAGCAUUUUCAAUUUUCAUUAUUGUUCGUCGAUGUUUGCUAUAUAAAAAAUAAGUGUUAUCUAUGUCAAGAGCAGUCUGAUGAAUAUUAAGUUAUCAGGAAAAUUAAAUAAUAAAUAAACACUGUCAUGCUCCACCAAUUUAAUCUCACUGUUUAAAGACCUUGAAAUGGUACAACAGGGGCCGUUGUGUUAUGCUGAAUACAGAUGGCAUAACAAGGCUAACGCAUGUAUUAGAUUUCUGACCACAAAUCCUUUUUUAAAAUGUUGACACUCAUGUUGUCCCCUAUGCUGAAUAAAAAUAAAGUGGUGGUAUUCGAUACCUCACCAGUAUUAAUAGCUCUGUAAAAUGUUUCUCUUCACAAAGUGGCCUAAGACUUGAUUCACUCUACUGUAUACUAAUCUGAUUAUGUGAUUAUGUAACACUAUACGGCUUUAUCUACUACAGAGACGUGAUAUCAAACCCCUUAAGCUGGUCUGCCAUUUACCUUGAUGCAAAACUAUUGGGAUGCACUGAUUCUCUACAAUAAAAAGCUACUGAUA